GUUUGUCAAAUAAAUGUCAUCAUUAUAUUAGGUGCAGUCGAACAUGAUUCAGUCAUAUAAAAAUACAUGACACAAUCGUCUUUCUUAACGGCGUCGCGCCGAUUGAGAGUAAAUAUAGAUAAGAAUAAUAGGAAACCAUUCAAUAUGGAUUUUUUAAACCAUAUAAAUAUUUAGUUUUCAUGUAUGUGAAGGUAACGUAUGCCUUUCGCCCCAUUUAUCAUAAUUCAGUUAAAACCUGUGUUGACCAUGUGGAUUUGGAGAAAUCUCAUUUUGAAUACUAUGUUCUUUUGGUGGACCGAUGCGUUAUUAUGUAGUUUUAAAAAUGGAAAAAUUACUUGCUCCAAACCCUUAGAAGAUGAUCUUUACUCCAACAUAACAGUAGUGGUUGAUUCAGACGAAGUAUUGGAUCUAAGCAUUACAGAUACAAAUAUUUCCUUCAUUGACAAGUACAUGUUCAACAAAUAUAGAAAGAUGCAUACACUUUCAUUAGACAGCAUAUACCUCAAAAAAAUCAACGUUAAUACCUUCAAAGAUUUGAAAAAUCUUAGAAAUUUGUACCUUUCAAAUAAUCGCCUCGAAAGUUUCAAUUUUAAUGAUACUUUUUCCAACAAUAACGUGUUAUAUAAGCUAGACUUAUCUAAUAAUAAUUUAGCAGUUUUAGAUGGUUUUGAUAAUGACAUAUUUAAGAGUUUGACUCUACUAAAUAUAUCCAACAACAACUUAGAAUAUCUACCUUCAGGAAUUUUAACAAGAUUAACAGAAAACAAUAAGUUUUAUUUAUUAAUAGACAAUAAUCCUUGGAAUUGCUCUCGUUCGGAAUGGUCUCAAGUUCUUGAUACAAAUAUGAUCAACGCCUUUUGCGCCGAUUUGGAUAAUAUUUAUGAUACAGUUGAAGAUAAUAUAACUGUAAUAGCCACACCUCUGGUCCAAAAUUUAGAUGUAAUCACAGAAAAUACUGUGACUACACCUGUAAAACAAACAAAAUCAUCCAGUAGCUUAUGUGCUUACGAAACAAAAUGCUUCUCUUAUUGUAUUUUUUGGUUCCUCGGAGGAAUAUGGGUGGGAAUCAUUCUAGGAAACAUAUGUAAGCUUAAAGCUCUUAUAUGUCCAGCCGCGCAAAAUACUAGUCAAGAAAUGGAUACUCAAUAUAUAUUCCCUCAACCGGGAAAAUAGGAGGGAGGAGUAACAUGUUUCGAAAGUGCUUGACUGAAAUCAUAUACCAAACAACAUUUUUCCGUUGAUAUGGGACACGUACAUUUGCAGAGGGUUUACUGUUUAAUCGAUUUGUCAUAAAAUAGGAAUUCAUGUAAAAGAUGGUUUUUUAACAGGUUAGUUGCAAGUGUUACUCAUCAACCCCCUUUUAGUUUCUAUGCCCUGCAUGUCGAGCGCAUCCUCCUGUGAAAUGCGUCAAUAUGUAUAUAACAGAGUGGAAUAAUUAGUUCUUUGUAAUACCUUUACAAAUGUUUAUUAUUAAGAAUAAAUGGAAAUAAUAAAAAUAAA